AUGGAGGCCAUCUGGCUGUACCAGUUCCGCCUGAUCGUCAUCGGGGACUCCACGGUGGGCAAGUCCUGCCUGAUCCGCCGCUUCACCGAGGGGCGCUUCGCCCAAGUCUCCGACCCCACCGUGGGCGUGGAUUUCUUCUCGCGGCUGGUGGAGAUCGAGCCCGGCAAGCGGAUCAAGCUGCAGAUCUGGGACACCGCCGGACAGGAGCGCUUCAGAUCGAUCACCAGAGCCUACUACCGGAACUCAGUUGGGGGUCUGCUGCUCUUUGACAUUACAAACCGCCGGUCCUUCCAGAAUGUCCACGAGUGGCUAGAAGAGACCAAAGUGCACGUCCAGCCCUACCAGAUCGUCUUUGUGUUGGUGGGUCACAAGUGCGACCUCGACACACAACGGCAGGUCACCCGGCACGAGGCAGAGAAACUGGCCAUUGCCUACGGCAUGAAAUACAUCGAAACCUCGGCCCGGGAUGCCAUCAACGUGGAGAAGGCCUUCACCGACCUCACCCGAGACAUAUACGAGCUGGUUAAAAGGGGGGAAAUCACCAUCCAAGAAGGAUGGGAAGGGGUGAAGAGCGGGUUUGUCCCAAACGUUGUGCAUUCUUCAGAAGAGGUGGUGAAAUCCGACAGGCGAUGCCUUUGCUAGGGGGGAGAAACGAUGCCAGACUUUACUAACCAAACGUACCCUGCUAGAUGAACUCGGUGUGACGGAAGAGAAUGCAGAGGAAAGUGUGGUGA